UGCCUGGCCACCCUCCCCGGCAGCAUCGCCUGUCCCAGGCUCUGCGCCUGCUAUGUGCCCACCGAGGUGCACUGCACAUUCCGGUACUUCACAGCCAUCCCACCGCACAUCCCUCCAAACGUGGAGCGCAUCAACCUGGGUUACAACAGCUUGCUUAAACUGACGGAAACAGAUUUUUCUGGCCUGGAGAAACUGGAGUUACUGAUGCUGCACAGCAAUGAGAUAAAUACAAUCCCUGAUAAGGUGUUCAGUGAUUUAUGUUCAUUACAGGUCUUAAAAAUGAGUUAUAACAAGGUCAGAGUACUUCAGCAGGAUGUUUUUUAUGGUCUGAAGAGCUUGGUACGGUUGCAUAUGGACCACAAUAAAAUUGAAUUUGUAAAUCCCAAUGUUUUCUAUGGACUCACAUCACUGAGGUUGGUCCACUUGGAAGGAAAUCUACUUAAGCAGCUUCAUCCAGAUACUUUUGUCACCUUGCGCUAUAGCCAAAUAUUUAAAAUAUCCUUCGUGAAGCACAUAUAUUUGUCUGACAACGUGUUGACUUCACUACCACAAGAACUGUUUUCCUACAUGUCUGAGCUGGAGAGCAUUUACCUUCAUGGAAACCCAUGGUCCUGUGAUUGCAAUCUACAGUGGUUUGCAGAAUGGGCAAAAGAGAGACCAGAUAUUAUAAAGUGCAAAAAAGACAGAAGUUCUGGUGGUCAGCAAUGCCCAGUUUGUGCUAGUCCCAAAAAUCGUAACGGGAAAAGCUUACUGGAUAUUCCUUCUGCAUCUUUAACCUGCACUAAGCCAGCCAUACAUGACUCCCUCAAAUUUAAAAACCUCACAGUGCCAGAUGAUGGGGAUUUCAGUUCCAUAUCUCCCAAGGACUUCAUAGCUCCUAUAGGAUCCAUGGUUUUGAACAUGACUGACCAAGCAGGAAGUCGAGGUAACUUGGUUUGCACCAUCCAAAAACCUAAAGAAAUGUCUCCCAUCUCAUUCGACAAAGAUGGCAACAGUACAGUACUCAAAACAUCAUUCUCAGCAUUUCUUGUGUGUGGCAUUGAUUAUGAACAUAUUCAGCAGCUAUGGAGUAUACUGGCACUGUACAGUAAUUCCCCCUUAAAACUGGAAAGGAAUGUCCUAGCAACUAAUGUGCCUUUUAUUAGUUACAAAUAUAAACAAAUCUACUCUGAAAAAGAUGAACUUUUUACCAAUAUAGAGACUGAACUGAGAGCUGAACCAUCGUGGUUAAUGCAAAGCAAAGUGGCAUUACAGCUAGACAGGACAGCAACCACACUUAACACAUUGCACAUCCAGUACUUUACGGAUGCUCAGAUUAUUUUGCCCAGUACUGACAAAAAACAGGUGAGAAAUAACUGGACCAUCAUCUCCAGGGACAACAAAAUGCAGAUGGAGCACACUGUUUUAGUCGGAGGGACCGUAGAACUAGAGUGCCAAGCAAUUGGAGAACCAGCUCCUGCAAUAGAGUGGAUAUUGGCUGAUGGGAGCAAAGUUAGAGCUCCUUAUAUCAGUGAGGAUGGAAGAAUCAUAGUAGUUAAAACUGGAACAUUCACGUUACGGACAGCUGAUACUUUUGACACUGGGCUUUACCACUGCAUAGGCACAAAUUACAACGAUGCAGAUACUCUCACAUUUAGGAUUACUGUGGUCGAUCCCUACGUGGAACACAACAGUGUAAAUGGAGCCCAACGUUCUACGUUUGUUGGCAGCACACUUUACCUUCCCUGUACAUCCACUGCUGUUCCAGAUGCUGCCAUUAGUUGGGUGUUACCUGAGCAUGCAAUUCUUCAUCAUUCUGUAAGAAACAAACAUAUUUUUGACAAUGGUACCUUGAGAAUACAAGGAGUAACAGAGCGAGACAGUGGCUACUUUCAAUGUGUUGCAGCCAACCAGUAUGGUGUUGAUCUUUUGGUUUUCCAAGUGCUAGUUAGAAAGGAUAAAACCACUCUAAAGAAAAAGCAUGUAGAUGUGGGAGAAUGGGAAGAGGGUGAUGGCUCUGGUAAUGCAAUGCUGGCCUCUGCUACAACACAGAAACAGUCUUUAGCUACUCUGGCUACCCUGACAGCUAAUCAGGAAUCUGCUGCCUUGGCAUCCAGAAAUCGGGUCGCGCAGAGUGCACACAAAAGGAACAGCUACGGGAAGAUGACUUACAGGCACUACAGGGACAAAAUAAGCAGGCAGUUUCGAGGACACAGAAGACAGUUUGUUUCCUCAGCCAGGAGAGUCGAUCCACAGCGCUGGGCAGCCUUGUUGGAAAAAACAAAGAGGAACUCAAUGUUGAUAGAAAAACGAGGAGAAGUUGCAACAAAACCACCUAUUCAAGUCCAAAAGUUCUCAGAAGUACCUGAGCAUGAGGAGGAAACAUCUGGUGAUCUUGUAUCUCCAGAAGAAGAAUUCACGAUGCCACUAACAGAGACAGCCACUGUAUCUACUCUGGGGAGGGCAAUGGAAAGCGUGAUAACUGCAGGGCCUGAGACAACUGCAAAGGCAGUAACUCCCCUACCCUCUCCUUUCUCACAGUCUGUGUCAUCUGACAGCAGAAGGCCACAAACAUAUCUAACACCUACAAACUCAUGGGAAAGAUCUGAUUUAAGUCAAAUAUCAGCAAAUGGUAUUAAACAAUCAGCUAUAUCAAAUGGAGCAAGCAGAACAUCUACACUCUUCCCUACUGGGCUAAGGUCAGUAUAUUCUGGGCAAAGUAAUAACCAGCAUUUAAAAUCUGUAUCUACGACACCCAGCAAGUCUGUAACUUCCCAAAAUGCAAUGGACAAGCUACAUGUUUUUACUGAGUCUAUUGAUAAGAUUUCCACCAAAACAGAUCACCAGAUAUCUGUAGUGACUGUCAGUGAACCAAGUCCUGAAUUUGGUCACAUUUAUUUUCAUAGUACUCGGAAACAAGUAACUCCUAAGCCACCAUUGGCCUCAACUAUCAUUACUCAUCAGCAAAUUCAGAUUAUUCAGGACAUUACAACUCACACACCCCAGGCCCAGCAGCAAUAUGGAAGACGAAGGAAAAUUUCUGGUAGGAGACAAAUUGUUAGACCAGGACGUAUUCCAAGUAUGAAAGAGCACAGAUACAGUUUUGGGAGGCCAGGAUCUGUCAGAGGAAGUACGACUGUAACUGCAGAUGUUCAACUGAAUAUGAAAUAUGUAUCAAAUUUACCAACCUUAAAUAAUUCAAGCAGCUCCAUCAACGUACUUAGCCCAGAAGCACCUCUGUCCUCCCCCUCUACCAUGAAUAUGCCAUUGGAGCACCCAGUGGGUACUCAUCAAAAGACAGCAUUCCUCAGGGAAGAGGAAAGUGAACCUAGUGCAAGGCAAAAAGCUACGACAACAGUCACGCCUUUCAUUACAAGGGGCACCCAAGAUAAUCCUCAAUGGAAAUUAGAGAGCAGUGCUCCAUUUCAGACAAAUGCUGAUAUCCAACCUUUUAGCAUCAGACUACCAACAAUGGGAAUCCACACAGCUCAUAUUGCUACAGAAAUUACACAUACCACAAGCACUGACACAUCUUCCACCCUUGAAUCAGUCUCACCCAGCAUUAAGCCUAGAACCUCACCAAAAAAUUCCCAAAGAGGAAAAAUUACUUGGGAACAUCUCUUUGGAAAUGGUACACAAAAAGUGGUUCUGAAGAAGCUACCAAAACAAUGGACAGAUAGAUUUCCAUCAACAGAGGUAUUGUCCAUGCUUCCUAAAACUAUGGCACCAUUAUCUACGUCCAAAAUAUCUCCUUUGCACUGUACACCUAUUUCAACAGGCGGGAAUCACAGCAGUGGUUUCCUGUCUUUAAACCAACCCAUUCAUUAUGGCAAUGGUAAGUCAGAAGAACAUCUUCCCACUGCAAAACCGCAUUCUUACUCUAAUCUUGCAACUAGCGCAACCGAAGAAAUGGAUGUAACAAGUCUGAAGCCAACAGUUACACCUAUUAGUACUCCUCAAAGUGACACCAAAAGUAAAAUAUUCAGAGUGGGAAGAAAGAGAAGUCAGAGGAGGAAGAGGCCCCCUAAAACAUCUACUUCACAAAGCCUGACUGCCGGCCGCAGCACUGCAGCGAUUCCCUCAGUGAAUACAGCCACGCCUGUCAUGACAACAGUUCAAUCGGGAACUACGCCUACAAGUUUUAUGCCUGCAAAACCUCUCUCUGAGAGUGCAAGCGCAGUCUCGGUGACAGAAGUGCCAACACUGUGGAUCCUUAACGCACCAGCGGUACCUCAGCACGUGCCCACAGCAGCCAUGCAGACAUCAGUGACCCCUGUCACACGGAGGAACAUCCAGUCAGCCACGUUACCACCCGGCAGUCAUACUGCUCAGAGCCCCACCAUGCCAAUCCAACCUUCCAGCACCACAAGCGCACGACCUGCCACAGUCUGUGCAACGUCUGGGUCAGAACUGGCUCAGCAAACCAAAGCCACCACCGCAACGGCAGGUGAAAACUCACGCCUGAAAAUGGAACAGAGGGUUAUCCAAGAAAACCACGUAGCCCAGCCCACAGUCCUAGCCAGAACCGAGUCAAGUGCUCCUGCUGCAAACACAGACAUCGCUCCUCGCAGCGCUCAGCAUCCCACCCCACUGCCAGCCCCAACAGCAGCCGUGCCACCUGCACGUACUGCGAGAACCACCUCGCCUCUGGGGGCAGGAAUCAAAUUCUGGCAGAAGCCCUUUGCUGAAGUCACAGAGAGAGGCAACACAUUAACUGUCAAUACACUGACCACACUGAAGUCAUCACAGAUGGUGACUCUGCGUGCUCCUCUGUGGGGAAGGGACAAGGACGGUUCUGUCAAAGGCUGGUCUGAAAAGAGACAAGGUCAAGAAACUAUCACCACCAAUCCUGUAGCCUUGGAGUCUUUAAGUAGAAAUCAUUUUGCAAAGCCCAGAAUAACUGGAGGAAAAUUAGCUGCUUUUACCGUGCUAGCUAAUUCAGAUGCUUUUAUUCCUUGUGAAGCUACUGGUAACCCUCGUCCAACAAUACAGUGGACCAAGAUAUUGUCAGGGACCGAUGCUCUAGGAGGCCGAGGUGACAGCAGAUGGAUGGUGUUUGCCAACGGCACGCUCUCCAUCGCCCGGGCAAGCCUGGAGGACCGUGGGCAGUACCUGUGCACCGCAGCCAACCUGCAUGGCACGGCACGGCUCCUGGUCACCUUGUCGGUAGUGGCCUACCCGCCCCGCAUCACUGGUGGAAGGUGGCAGCUCCUCACCGCUCACUCCGGAAAGCCCGUGGCAGUGAAGUGCAAAGCUGAGGGCAGGCCUCCUCCCACCAUCUCGUGGGUUCUAGCAAAUAAAACACACAUCUCCAACUCUUCUGCAGGAAAUAACAAAGUUCACGUGGAACCCGACGGCACUCUAAUUAUCAAGGAAGUCACCGUUUAUGACAGGGGCCUCUACACGUGCAUGGCUAAAAACCCAGCGGGCACUGACACGCUGGUUGUAAAACUGCAGGUCAUUGCGGCACCUCCCGCUAUUCUGGAAGAGAAGAGGCAACGUGUUGAAGGAAUGAUGGGGGAAAACCUGAAGCUCCCUUGCACCGUGAAAGGGAAUCCUCAGCCCACUGUCCACUGGGUCCUCUUUGAUGGCACAGUGGUGAAACCUCUGCAGUUUGUAAACGCAAAGCUGUUCCUGUUCUCCAACGGUACCCUCCACCUCAGCAACAUUGCCCCUGCUGACAGCGGGAAUUACGAGUGCAUAGCCACAAGCUCGACUGGCUCGGAAAGGAGGGUGGUGAGCCUCGUGGUGGAACACAGAGAUACGCUUCCAAAAAUAGCUACCGCCUCUCAAGAAAUGACUCAUUUGAAUUUUGGGGAUAAGUUGCUUCUGAACUGCACAGCGACUGGGGAGCCAAAGCCCAGGAUCAUCUGGAGGUUACCCUCCAAGGCAGUUGUUGACCAGUGGCACAGAAUGGGAAGUCGAAUCCAUGUCUACCCUAACGGAUCCUUGGUUAUUGAGGCAGUUACUGAAAAGGAUGCAGGUGACUAUUUGUGUGUUGCAAGAAACAAAAUUGGAGAUGAUCUGAUACUGAUGAAAGUCAGCAUCACAAUGAAACCAGCCAAGAUUGACCAGAAACAGCAUUUCAAGAAACUGGUGCCAUACGGAAAAGAUUUCAUAGUGGACUGCAAGGCCUCUGGGUCACCCGCACCAGAAAUAUCCUGGAGCUUGCCAGAUGGUACGGUGAUCAAUAAUGCGAUGCUGGCAGAUGACAGUGGACACAGGUCUCGCAGAUACGUCCUCUUUGACAACGGAACUCUGUAUCUCAACAAAGUGGGAGUAACAGAAGGAGGAGAUUAUACCUGCUACGCUGAAAACACACUGGGAAGAGAUGAAAUGAAGAUACGCAUCACAGUCAUCAUGGCAGCCCCUCAGAUAAAGCACAAUUACAAGACAUACGUUAAAGUGAAAGCUGGAGGUAUAGCAUUACUGGACUGUGAAGCUGUUGGAGAACCCAAGCCAAAAAUAUUCUGGUUGCUACCUUCCAGUGACAUGAUCUCCUCGUCAACAGCCAGACACUUCCUGCAUGCCAAUGGUUCUCUAUCAGUCAGUCAAGUCAAACUGUUAGAUGCUGGGGAGUAUAUGUGUGUUGCUCGUAAUCCUGGAGGGGACGAUACAAAAUUGUAUAAACUGGAUGUUGUUGCUAAACCACCUAUCAUAAAUGGUUUAUAUGUGAACAAAACAAUCAUGAAAGUGACGGCCGUGAGGCAUUCAAAGAAACAAAUUGACUGUAGGGCAGAAGGGACACCUCCCCCUCAGAUUAUGUGGAUCAUGCCUGAUAAUAUUUUCCUAACAGCUCCCUAUUAUGGGAGCAGGAUUGUAGUACACAAAAAUGGGACACUUGAGAUUCGGAAUAUAAGGCCUUCUGACACAGCAGAGUUUAUCUGUGUGGCACGUAAUGAUGGGGGAGAGAGUAUGUUGGUGGUGCAGCUGGAGGUAUUAGAAAUGCUAAGGCGACCAAUAUUUAAAAAUCCAUUCAAUGAAAAAAUAACAGCCAAGCCUGGGAAAACCACCACCUUGAAUUGUUCUGUGGAUGGAAACCCUCCACCUGACAUCAGCUGGAUGUUGCCUAAUGGCACGUGGUUUUCCAGUGGCAUCAAGACUUCCCAGUUUCUCACAGGAAGCAACGGUACCCUUACCAUCUAUAAUCCUGAUGGAGGCAAAGCAGGAAAGUAUCGCUGUGCUGCUAGGAACAAAGUUGGCUACAUUGAAAAGCUGAUCAUCUUGGAGGUUGGCCAGAAGCCCAAUAUUCUCACUCAUCCAACAGGGCCAGUGAAGGGCAUUAGCGGGGAGUCAUUAUCGCUUCACUGCCUGUCUGAUGGGAGUCCCAAACCAAAUAUAGCGUGGACUCUGCCAGGUGGCUAUGUGCUGGAUCGACCGCAGAUCAACUGGAAAUACAUUCUGCUGGAAAACGGUACUUUGGUUAUACGAGAAGCCACCAUUCACGACAGAGGAAAUUACGUGUGCAAGGCCCACAACAACGCCGGAGACUCCUCCAUAACUGUUCCUGUUGUUAUUGUAGCCUAUCCCCCGAGGAUUACGAACAGACCACCGCAGACCAUACACACGAUGCCUGGUGCAGCACUUCAGCUCCACUGCGUAGCACUGGGAAUACCAAAACCAGAAAUUACCUGGGAACUACCUGACCGCUCAGUACUCCCUACAGGUCACCAAAGCCGAGCACCUGGGAGUGAACUGCUUCACCCCCUGGGGACGUUAGUCAUCCAGAAUCCCCAACCCUCAGAUUCUGGCGCGUACAAGUGCACAGCGAAGAACCAUCUUGGCAGCGAUUUCACAGUAACAUAUGUUCACGUCAUUUGA